CAAAGGCCGGGAUCAGCGCGGGGUGGAGCUGAGUGGCAGCGGGGCCCCGGGAGCUGCUAGGAGGCUGGGCCCACGGGCGGAGGCUGACGUGGGGAGGAGGCCGAGUGCCCGGCUCCGGGCGGCACGUCGCUGCAUCUGGAGUCUGGCGCCCUGGCCGCCCGGCCCGAGGCCGCCCCUACGUUACGACGACACCGAGCCGCCCAUCGCGGCUGCGGAGCCCUGGAACGGAGGUGGAGCGCUUGGGGGCUCGGCCGGGGAGGCGGAACUGGAGCGCGAUGCCACCCUUCGGUCCCUCGUUGCCGGCAGAAAGUACUGAAAUCCCACCUUAUGUGAUGAAGUGUCCGAGCAAUGGUUUGUGUAGCAGACUUCCUGCAGACUGUAUAGACUGCACAACAAAUUUCUCCUGUACCUAUGGGAAGCCUGUCACUUUUGACUGUGCAGUGAAGCCAUCUGUUACCUGUGUUGAUCAAGACUUCAAAUCCCAGAAGAACUUCAUCAUUAACAUGACUUGCAGAUUUUGCUGGCAGCUUCCUGAAACAGAUUACGAGUGUUCCAAUUCCACCAGCUGCAUGACAGUGGCCUGUCCUCGGCAGCGCUAUACUGCCAACUGCACCGUGCGGGACCACGUCCACUGCUUGGGUAACCGUACUUUUCCCAAGAUGCUGUAUUGCAAUUGGACUGGAGGCUAUAAGUGGUCUACGGCUCUGGCUCUGAGCAUCACCCUUGGUGGGUUUGGAGCAGACCGUUUCUACCUGGGCCAGUGGCGAGAAGGCCUCGGCAAGCUCUUCAGCUUCGGUGGCCUGGGAAUAUGGACGCUGAUAGACGUCCUGCUCAUUGGGGUUGGCUACGUUGGACCAGCAGAUGGCUCUUUGUACAUUUAGGUGUGGUAUGGGCUUCAGAAAGGAGCAGUGCCUAGAAAAAGCCCUUUGUCUAUAGCAAUUGACGUGGUGUGAGUGAUACAUUUCUGUUUUUAAUGUACAGCAUCUGUACUUUGUUUGCCUUGAUAAAGGUAAAAUAAAGAAAUGAAACACUGAACUAUGCUAAUCCGAAAUUUGUUUUUAUUUGCCUGAAAUAUUUUUUUUCUGUGAAAAAAUUGAAACUCACUUAAGCCGGGAGAAUGACUUCUAUAGUAGUUGGAAAUCGAUUUAAUUCCAUAACUUUAGUUUUGUAUUGCUCAAGUCAAACUGUAUCACUUGUAUCUCCAGCCCAAAUGUAAUCUGCCUUGAAAAUCUUUCAGCUGUGAUUGCAGGAAGUGGGAUGUGUUUUUAUUGUCAGCUAAUUGAAGUUAUUUGGCUUAACUCCAGUCAUCUGUAAGUUUUUCAGUGUAAUAUGUAUGUAGUCUGGUCUAUAUAUACGAACCUUUGAAUUGAAUGUUUAUGUCUAGUUAUGGUUUAAAUUUUCCUAGUAGUGUAUAAAAGAUAGAGUGCUGAAAAAUGAAUAAAAUUGCAAGUUAAGAAA